GCCUACAGCCGCUCCCUCCGCCUCCUCCCCGCCCCGAGCCCCCGGUCCGCCCGUCCUUCCUUCCCCUCCCCGUGCAUGAUGGAAACACCAUGGCUGCGGCAGCCCAGCUCUCUCUGACACAGCUAUCAAGUGGGAAUCCUGUAUAUGAAAAAUACUAUAGACAGGUUGAUACUGGCAAUACUGGAAGAGUGUUGGCUUCUGAUGCUGCUGUUUUCCUGAAAAAGUCGGGACUUCCAGACUUGAUACUUGGCAAGAUUUGGGAUUUAGCUGACACAGAUGGCAAAGGGAUCCUGAACAAGCAAGAAUUCUUUGUUGCUUUGCGUCUUGUGGCCUGUGCCCAGAAUGGAUUGGAGGUUUCACUGAGUAGCUUGAACCUCACUGUUCCUCCGCCAAGAUUUCAUGAUGCCAGUAGUCCUUUGCGAAUCAGUGGAGCCUCUGCCACUGAGCUCCCAUGGGCUGUGAAACCUGAAGAUAAGGUCAAAUAUGAUGCAAUUUUUGAUAGUUUAAUCCCAGUCAAUGGAUUUCUGUCUGGUGAUAAAGUGAAACCAGUGCUGCUCAACUCCAAGUUACCUGUGGAUAUCCUUGGAAGAGUUUGGGAAUUGAGUGAUAUUGACCAUGAUGGAAUGCUUGACAGAGAUGAGUUUGCAGUUGCCAUGUUUCUGGUAUACUGCGCACUGGAGAAGGAACCUGUGCCAAUGACCUUGCCUGCAGCCCUGGUGCCACCAUCUAAGAGAAAAACGUGGGUUGUAUCUCCUGUGGAAAAGGCUAAAUAUGAUGAAAUCUUCCUGAAAACUGAUAAGGAUAUGGAUGGAUUUGUGUCUGGAUUGGAGGUCCGUGAGAUCUUCCUGAAAACAGGUUUACCUUCUACCUUACUAGCCCAUAUUUGGUCAUUAUGUGACCCAAAACAUUCUGGGAAGCUUUCAAAGGAUCAGUUUGCCUUGGCCUUUCACUUAAUCAAUCAAAAGUUAGUAAAAGGCAUUGAUCCUCCUCUUAUUCUCACCCCUGAGAUGAUUCCACCAUCAGACAGGACCAGUUUACAAAAGAAUAUCAUAGGAUCAAGUCCUGUUGCAGAUUUCUCUGCUAUUGAGGAACUAGAUACCCUUGUCAAUGAAAUAGUUGACCUACAGAGGGAAAAGAAUAAUGUGGAACAGGACCUUAAGGAGAAAGAAGAUACUAUAAAACAGAGGACAAGUGAGGUGCAGGAUCUUCAGGAUGAAGUUCAAAGGGAAAAUACUAAUCUGCAAAAACUUCAGGCCCAGAAGCAGCAAGUACAGGAACUUCUUGAUGAACUGGAUGAGCAGAAAGCCCAACUGGAAGAACAGCUCAAGGAAGUCAGAAAGAAAUGUGCCGAGGAGGCCCAGCUGAUCUCAUCUCUGAAAGCUGAAUUAACUAGUCAGGAAUCACAAAUCUCUACUUACGAAGAAGAACUGGCCAAAGCUAGAGAAGAGCUCAGCCGCCUCCAGCAAGAAACAGCUGAGCUAGAGGAGAGUGUGGAGUCAGGGAAAGUUCAGCUGGAACCACUUCAGCAGCACCUACAAGAUUCACAGCAGGAGAUCAGCACAAUACAGAUGAAACUAAUGGAAAUGAAAGAUCUGGAAAAUCAUAGUAACCAGUUAAAUUGGCGCAGUAGCCCACACAGCAUUCUUGUAAAUGGCGCUACAGAUUAUUGCAGCCUCAGCACCAGCAGCAGUGAAACAGCUAACCUUAAUGAACAUGCUGAAGUCCAGAGCAACCUGGAGACUGAGCCCAUUCACCAGGAGUCUCCAGCAAGAAGUAGUCCUGAAAUACCACCUUCUGGUGUGACUGAUGAAAAUGAAGCAGUGGUUGUAGCUGUUACUGCGAAAGUGUGUCCUGAGCUUGAGGCUGACACACAUUCAAAAGAGGAAGAUCCAUUUAAUGCAGAAUCAAAUUCAAUGGCAGAUCCUGUUGCAGAUACAAACUUGGAUUUUUUCCAGUCUGAUCCUUUUGUUGGAAGUGAUCCUUUCAAAGAUGAUCCUUUUGGAAAAAUUGAUCCAUUUGGUGGUGAUCCCUUCAGAGGUUCCGAUCCAUUUGCGUCAGACUGCUUCUUCAAGCAAUCUUCUGCUGAUCCUUUUGCCACUUCAAGUACUGACCCUUUCAGUGCAGCCAGCAGCAGCAGUAACACUUCAGUAGAAACACUGAAGCAUAAUGAUCCUUUUGCUCCUGGUGGAACGGUUGUUGUGGCAGCAAGUGAUUCAGCCACAGACCCCUUUGCCUCUGUUUUUGGAAAUGAAUCAUUUGGAGAAGAAUUUGCUGACUUCAGCACAUUGUCAAAGGUCAACAAUGAAGAUCCUUUCAGUUCAGCAACACUAGGCUCUGGCAGCAAUGUAGUGAUUACAAAAAAUGUGUUUGAGGAAACACCAGUCAAAAAUGAAGAAGUACCCCCAGCACUGCCGCCAAAAAUCGGGACUCCAACCAGACCCUGCCCGCCACCACCUGGGAAAAGAUCCAUCAACAAAUUGGAUUCUUCUGAUCCCUUUAAAAUGAAUGAUCCAUUUCAGCCUUUCCCAGGCAAUGAUAACCCCACCGGAAAAGAACCUGAUAUGUAUCGUGAUCCAUUCACUUCUACCACUACCAAUAAAGAGGCUGAUCCAAGCAAUUUUGCUAACUUCAGUGCUUAUCCCUCUGAGGAAGACAUGAUUGAAUGGGCCAAGAGGGAAAGCGAAAGAGAGGAGGAGCAGAGGCUUGCCCGGCUCAAUCAGCAAGAGCAAGAGGACUUGGAACUGGCGAUUGCACUGAGCAAGUCGGAGAUCUCAGAAGCAUGAAGAAGUCUUUCAUCUGUUCUCAGCCGCACACACCCUUCUCCCCAAACACCAACGCUAUUUACAAUGUGUAGCAAAACUACCUAUGAGCAUGGGAAUACAAAAGAUAGGAGAUUCCUGUAAAUGUGACAGAAAAACAUUUAGUUUUUGUUUUGUCUUUUAGUAUUAUUAAGUCUGUUUCCUGUGUGUCCUGUAUAUUUUUCCCCUGUAAAAGAGGUAGCCCAGGAGACAGCUUCAUCUAAACCCUGUUCUGACUCGCGUUUACUCUGAGCUUCUGCCUGCCUGUGCUCCUUUGACUUGUAAAAGCUGCAGCACCCGAGCUUCCGCCUUCCAGAGUAUAGAGACGUAGUUUCAUCCCGUGGUGGCCUUGUUCUGUAGUUAAGCCCACAGAAGCCAGGGACACUGCUUAAAGUUGUCAGUAUUCUCCCCUGCUCGGACUGAGGGAGGGGAAAGGAAAGGGCAUCUUGUUUAUCUUACGGCUGGUGCAAAUUCACUAGUUUGAAGAGCAUUUUUUUUAGUGUCUUUAUGGUACAAAUAAUGUUUAAUAUGUUUUUUAGAGCCAAGGGGGAAAACUGCAUAGAUUGACAAUGCUGUGGGAAAGGAAAUGCUUUAGGCUUCAGACUCAGUCUUUUCCUAAAUAAAAAUGUUAAAGCCUUGAGUGUGAUUUUUUUUUAAGUGCUAAAUAAUGGAGAAAAAUGUACCAACUAAAAUAUACCCACUCAUGUAGGAGAAGUAAGUGUAGAAGAUUUGGCAGCUGCUCGGCUUUGCCAACCAGCACUGUUGUCUUCAAUUCAUGAUGGAUUUCUUUCUGUUCAUUUGCAAAAACUCCAAGCUGGAACUGGAAGGUUCUUUAAUUUUUCAUAUAUAUUUUUGGUUUUCUUUAUGAAGGCUCAGUUACUUGAAAUGUAAAGAAAUGGUCACUAAGUACUUAUGGAAAAAUGACAUACCUUGCUCUUCUGGCCAUCUUUGUGGUUUAAAUUGGUUUCUUUACUCUUCUUCAUAAGUUUACCUAUAAAACUAGAAAGCUAGCAAAAAGAAUCUUUUCUUUAGUUGAGAAGCGUCAUGUGUUGGAAGUCUGUAAAACUGAGUAAGAGUGUAAACUGAAUUUGAAAGAAUAUGAAAUAAGCUAUAAAUUAUAAUCUUAAUUUUUUAAUGUGAGUUACUAAAUUAGAUGAUAUAUUAAAUACUAAGAUAAAGAAAAAUGCACCUAAAAAUUAAUAGAACUCACUGGGGUCACCAAGUCAAGGUGAUAUUGGUCUGAGGUGAGUCAGAUUAACUUACUGCCUAGCCUGUGCAUAAAUUUCGGAAUACCCAACUCACUGGAUCUUGAAAUGGUGCUUUUUUUCUCUCCACAUAAAAUUGGACUGCUACAGUUUAAAACAAACCACUUUUGUGCACUGCUCUUUUUUCUACUUUUAUAAAUAGAAACAUUGUAGUAGAAAAGUCACAGUAAGGCAGUAAGGGCUAAAGCAUAAGGUUCUGACUUUGAUAAACUGAUCCAGGGACCUAAGGAUUUCCUGCAGGUGCUGAUUGAGAAAAUUGUAUUGAGAGUUGUGAUAGAUGGGUUUUUAUGUGUGUUUUUUUUUCUUUCCCCUUACUCUUCAGGAAAAAGGUAAGUUAACUUGAACAACCUCCUUUUUGCACUAGGAAAAUGAACAAAUGUUUGAAAUGCUUUUGAAAAAAAAAUUUUAAAGAAAACCUCUGGAAAACAUUCAAUAUCUGUGACUUGCAAACACCACUUUCAAUGUAAUAAGUGUACCCUAAUCUUAUGUAUGUUUUACUGGAAGACAUAAAUUCUUAUCUUUUAUUAAAAUAUGUAUUCUUGGUGGACCAAUAUAAUAUUAAAGUAUAUAUAUAUUAUAUAAACAUAUAUCUAUAUCUCCAUGCUUACUUGUGUAGGGUGAACGUCUUGGAGUCGUUUGUGAUAUUUGAUGUUACUGACUGUGGCUCCAGGGCCUGUGCUUGACAAUAGAUACGUUUGACCAAGAGCUAAGUGAAAAUGCUUGCAUAUGAAGCUUAAACCAUCUUCUACACACUGUUCAAAAUUUUUUUAAGCUCUCUUAAUUUUCUCUUAUGCUUCAGACUUCAAAAUUGUAGCCUGUAAUAAGAAUAAAUUUUAAUAAUAAAGCAAACUAUCCAUGUAUCCAA